AUGUCAGCUAACGCGUCUGAAGCUGUUGUUAUAGUUUCUGAAAUAGAGAAUAUCUAUGCAUCGAUUAUCAUAUUUUUGUUGUCAUUCUCCGGAUGCGUCUUCAAUUUGCUCGCUGGAAUAGUUGUUUUGAGAAAUCCAAUACUGAAAAAUGCGUUUGGAGCACUUUGUUUUAGUCAUACUAUUGCGAAUUUCGGUGUACUUUUUGUGUUUUGUGCAUGGGUGACACCGACUACUAUUAUACAAUACAAAUACACUGAACUAACAUUCGGAAAAAUCCUGGGCCAAAUCAAUAUACUCUUCUGGAAUGCUUGUUGUUACUCUCACCUAGUUAUCUCAUUAAACCGUUUCCUUACAAUUUGUAUGCCAACAAAAGUGACAAAUCUAUUCAACUACCGUAAUACAUGCUUCAUUAUUUUAUUCGUCUGGUCCAUGGCAAUCGGUCAUAUUGUCCCAUACUUCUGGAGAGAAACUUGCUACGUGGCUUAUGAUCCUGUUAGUUGGACAUGGGUGUUUGGGGAUACUCCAUGUGGUUAUGUGAUCACAACUUAUACAGACUAUUAUUCAAGUGUAGCUAUUUUCGUGGUGAUGAGUACUCUGGACUUGUCUACUUUUACCAUGCUAGUCCUGUACCGCCGUAAAUCUCAUUUAACAUCGGACAGUGAAGCCAGAAGACGACGUCGUGUAGAAAUCAGAUUCUUCACACAGUCUUGCCUUCAAGGAAUCCUUUUCUUUUAUGAAGUAUUCAAUUUUUAUUACAUUGUCACUUUGAACACAAAUCAAUGGUUUGUAUUCAUGACAUCCACUUUUGCCUGGGAGUUGUGUCAUUGUUUAGACGGACUGGUGGUGGUGGUGUUUCAUUUCAAACGAAGCUUCCUUCGAAAGGCAUCCCAGCCGACUACGAUAUUCUCAAAAGCUAGUGAUAUCAAAAGCAAUAAAAAGUAG